AUUCACAGUAUUUUACAAGUAGUUUGGCCAUAGUAUUGAAAGUGGGAGGUUGUCUUCUGCAAUUAAAAAGUUACGUAUUUAACUACGUAAAGUGAAAUAUUCUGUUUUGUUGUUAAAACAGUGUUAGUUUUUAAAGUAUGUUGAAAACGCGUUAAAAGUGUAUUGUUGUGACUCGUUAUUUUUAUUUGUUCUACAAUUCUGUGGUGAUAAUGCAGAAAGCUAUAUUUUUUAUUUUCACUUUCGCCUUAAUACUAAGAACAGGGGAUGCGCUCAAAGAAAAAUGUAACAAGGAAGAAGAUUUGUUACAGCGAUGUUCAAUGGCGUUACCCGUGUUAAGUUCCCCGGAAAUCUCGUUUGCGUUAACACGAGAAGAAUUGGACAAGAGUUGCGUAGAGUUGCGUGUCGGUAUAAAAUGCAUUGAUAACUACACGGAGAUAUGUAUGGAAAAGAGCGAACAAGUUAUGUUUAGACGGAUAUACGCCGGGAUAACUGACGUUGUUCAAGAGCUUUGCACUAGAGGGAAGUACCAAGAUGAAUACCUUCGACACGCAGAUUGCGUAAAGAAUGUGAGACAAGAGUACGAAGUUUGCAGUAAGAACUAUGAAGUGACGCUCACGACGCUCAGCAAUCACCAGAAGAAAGAACAGUAUAACACAGAUGAAACUCAUGUCGCAACCAAUCAUGAAGAUUAUCUAAGAACAGUUUGUUGUUCGUUCCAAGAAUACUUGAUGUGUUCGGAGUUGACGGUUCAGAAGUCGUGCGGUGAUGACGCCGCUUUGUUCACCAGUGCAUUCCUCAAACGAAUGGCUUCUAAUAUUAUUAAGAACUUUUGCCUCGAAUAUCGGGGCCAGGAAUGCGGAUUAUCAAACAAAGUGACGACAAUGCAUCACAGGUUAAUAAUAAUACCUGUAACACUUUUAGCGUUUCUAUAUCCAUAUAUCACUGGCAAUUUAGUUCCGGCGUAAAACCUCUUUGAAAGGGAACAAAGAAAUCGAUUUUUAAAAUUAGAACGCUAAGGUAGAAGCGCGGGUUGCCAGUAAUUAGUGUGGAAGAAGUUUGUUGCUAGUUACAAUGAUGCAAUGUUCAGUGAACUGUAAAUAAUUAAUGUAGGUAGAUUGUUUCAGUUUAUCGGUUAAAAUUUGUGUUUUAGCAGUUUAUUUAAAACAUAACCGGCGAAGCCACCUUUGUUUAUUAAGGUAUACUUAAUUAUAAUUCAGUGAAUAAUAAUAAAAUUUAAUCAUUGUUAUUGUUAAUCUCAAUUUCCAACUCAAGUUAUCUAUUCGAAUACUAUACACUUUGUAAAUAAAUAAUUUACUCGUAAAAUGUAUAUAUAUUAUAAGAGCGGCAUUUGUAUUUAGAUCGUUGUAUCAAAUUUUCGUUACGUUGUAAAUUUCAUCAAUUAUAUAUUUGUUUGUUUUUAUAUAAAAAAUAAUUAAACCUAAAAAAAAAACAGCGUUGUGUUUCUAUAAUUAUUUUACUCGUGCAUAUUGAAUUCGAACUACAAAAACCUUAACAAAAUAUAAAUUGCAGCUGAACGAAAAAAAUAUUUGAUAUUAAAAGAAGUUACCUACAAUACCUAUUUGUAAAUAUUGUUUGAAUUAAGGUUAUUUUAUUAAACGACAGCUUGCCUAUUUAAAUCAAAACAAUAAAUAUACAGAUAAUAUGUCCUCAUAUAAUUUAUAUUAUAGUUAUCCUAUUUAAUUUUUAUCUGUCCCUUAUAGUUUCGCGCCGAAAAUGACAGAUUC